UCGGAGCCGGACCUCCUGACGUCGCCGCCGCGCGGGGCCCGCGGGGCCGCGACCGCCAUGUACCCGCCGCCGCCGCCCGCGCCGCAUCGCGACUUCGUCUCGGUGACGCUGAGCCUCGGCGGGAGCUGCGACAGCCGCCAGGGCUGGCGGCGGCGCUCGUGCUGGAGGAAAUGGAAGCAGCUGUCGCGGCUGCAGCGCAACAUGGCCCUCUUCCUGCUGGCGCUCCUGGCCGUCUGCGGCUUCCUGGUCUACCUCAACGUGGCCGAGCAGUGGAGAGCUCUGAGCAGCUCGCGGGCCGAAGAGCGCGUGAGGCCGGCAAAGGCGCCCGUGCUGCCGGCGCCUCGGAAGGCAGACGCGGCCCCGAGGGACUUCCCGGAGCGCCCGCCCCAGAGACCUGGAAAGCAGUUCCUUCGGGGACCACCCAACCUGCAGAUCCGAGCUCCCCCUGGUGGUCAGAGGAGGGAGAGCACCCCGGGAGACGCGCUGCAGGGAGACGUCCCGCGGACCGUCAUCAGCUGGCGGGGGGCGGUCAUUGAGCCGGAGCAGGGGACCGAGCUCCCCUCGAGACCCGUGGAGGCCCCCACCAGGCUCCCUGAGCCCGGGCCUGGGAUUCGGAACACAGCGCCCCCCAACGAGCGGCAGAAGGGGGUGAUCGCCGCCUUCCUGCACGCCUGGAAGGGGUACCGCCGCUUCGCCUGGGGCCACGACGAGCUGAAGCCCGUGUCCAAGUCCUUCAGCGAGUGGUUCGGCCUCGGCCUCACGCUCGUCGAUGCGCUGGACACCAUGUGGAUCUUGGGCCUGAAGUCAGAGUUCCAGGAGGCCAGGAACUGGGUGUCACAGAAGCUGCACUUUGACAAAGACGUGGAGGUGAACCUGUUCGAGAGCACCAUCCGUAUCCUGGGGGGCCUGCUGAGCGCCUACCACCUGUCUGGCGACAGCCUCUUCCUGAGGAAGGCGGAGGACUUCGGCCACCGGCUGCUGCCCGCCUUCAAGACGCCCUCCAAGGUCCCCUACUCGGACGUGAACAUCGGUACCGGGGUCGCCCGCCCGCCCCGCUGGACGUCCGACAGCACGGUGGCCGAGGUGACCAGCAUCCAGCUGGAGUUCCGUGAGCUCUCUCGCCUCACAGGGAUUAAGGCAUUUCGGGAGGCCGCGGAGGAGGUGAGCCGGCACAUCCACUCCCUGUCGGGGAAGAAGGACGGGCUGGUGCCCAUGUUCAUCAACACGCACAGCGGCCUCUUCACGCACCUGGGGGUGUUCACGCUGGGCGCCCGGGCCGACAGCUACUACGAGUACCUGCUGAAACAGUGGAUCCAGGGCGGCAAGAAGGAGACACAGUUGCUGGACGACUACCUGCGGGCCAUCCAGGGCGUGAGGACGCACCUGUUGCGGCGCUCUGAGCCCAGCAAGCUCACCUUCGUCGGCGAGCUCGCCCACGGCCACUUCAGCGCCAAGAUGGACCACCUGGUGUGCUUCCUGCCAGGGACGCUGGCUCUGGGCGUCCACCACGGCCUGCCCGCCGACCACAUGGAGCUGGCCCUGCUGCUCAUGGAGACGUGCUACCAGAUGAACCGUCAGAUGGAGACGGGGCUGAGCCCCGAGAUCGCGCACUUCAACCUGCACCCCAAGCCCGGCUACCGGGACGUGCAGGUCAAGCCGUCGGACAGGCACAACCUGCUGCGGCCCGAGACCGUGGAGAGCCUGUUCUACCUGUACCGCCUGACACGGGACCCCAAGUACCAGGACUGGGGCUGGGAGAUCCUGCAGAGCUUCAACCAGCACACGCGGGUCCCCUCGGGCGGCUACUCGUCCAUCAACAACGUGCAGGACGUGCAGAGGCCCCAGCCCAGGGACAAGAUGGAGAGCUUCUUCCUGGGGGAGACGCUCAAGUACCUGUACCUGCUCUUCUCCGAGGACCACGGCCUGCUCAGCCUGGACACCCACGUGUUCAACACCGAGGCCCACCCGCUGCCCAUCUGGCCCUCCGCCUAGCGGCCUGCUCCCGGCCCAGUGUGGCGUCCAGGCAGCCGCGUCCUGCUCGGCUCUGCUUCUCCGGGGCCCCGAGCCCAGCUCGGCCCUCGGAGAGGUUUCUGCUGUGGCAGAGCUUGGCCGGGGAGGCCGGCGGCAGCCCCGGGGCGGCAGCCCCAGCUCUCCCAGAUGUCUUGGACUCAGGGACCCUCCUGCCGCCCUGUGGGGCACGGGGGGGGGGGGGGGGGACGGGGUGCCCGCCCUGCACCCCCACCCAGGGACUUCCCAGUGGAGAUAAAGGUGGAUUUGCUCUGUGACGUGUCCUGUGUGGGGUCUCUGCGCCGGGCUGCCACAGGUGGCCGUGUGGGCGCCACCCCGCUCCCCUCCCCCCCCCACCGUGGGUUGUACAUUUCGGCUGUCCUGGGUCAGCACCCUCAGGGUUGCUGUGUGUGACCUUGGAGGAGCUGCUCGGGGCCAGGAGCCCUGUGGGCGCUGAGCGAGCAGAACUGGGGCCACAGAGGACACCUUAGGAACCGGGCCACCGUCUUCCCGCGUGGGCGCCCAGCUCCCGCUGAGGAACCUGGGAAAGCGUGGGCCCAGCCCACGGGGAGACCCAGGAUGGCGCUCCCAGCUUCGGCCCAGCCCGGCCCGGCGACUGGAUUUGGGAAAUGAGUUGUGGAUGAAGACCUCGCUUUCUGUAACUCUGCCUUUCAAAUAAAUCUUUUUUAAAAACA